CUGGGUUUAAGGAAGCUGGUCCGCCCGGCAGUUGCAGCGGAGGGAGACUCGACGGAUCGAGCUUCAGGCGCUGUGUGAGCUGGCGACGGACCCCGAAAUAUCUCCACGACGACACUACAAACAUCCUAAAAUUCACGCAGCACUGAACACAAUCUUACCGUAGAGCUGUUUUGUGUCAUAUCUAGAUUGAACGAUGUGAUUGAUUGGAGGCAGCUGCACUCCAAUGGUCGAGGACCUCACCCCCCCUCCACUAGAAUGUACUUGAUGAAUGUCCCUCCUGUCGCAGCGAGGCAAACAGAAUGGAGAACAUGUGGCCCACCUGGAGGCUAUAGCCUUCCAGUCUGCUUCAAUGACUCUGACCCAGAGUUGUCCACCAGAGGCACACCUAUCUCAGAUAAGGUCCAGAUGAUCAUAGAGAGCCUUAGGAGCACCCAGUCCUCACUCGAGAUGGGCGACGAGAUCGAGGGAAACGUACCACCAGGACAGGAAGUUCAUCCCCAAGUGUGCAAGGUUGCGAUGGGUUCUUAUGUGGGGGCUAAGUCCAAAACUAAAAGUCCCACUGAGAACCAACAGGCAGAUGUUUCCUCCCCAAUCAACCACGAGAGCAGUGACUCUGACAGCGAUAGUUCUGUGGACAGAGGAAUUGAGGAGGCAAUACUGGAAUAUUUGAAGGAAAAGGAUGAUCACAAACGCAAGGCGGAACCAUGCUUCACCUUUCUCGAAUCAUCCAACAUUCCCAGGAAAAGCCCUCCUUUUCCUGAGGUUUCCAAACAGAACUCUGACAACAAAACAUUUUUGAUUGCCAGCAGCCAGUUCCCAGAAAGUGUCAAAGCUGAGACUCCCACAUCACCAGCUGUUAUACCUAUAAAAAAGUAUAUCAAAGACAAAAUCUCCCUAAAUGAAAACACAGCUAAUACAUUUGAUUUCAAUAAAAGUUCAACAACCAAAAGUUUAGUCAUGUCCCCAGAGCCAAUGAAGAUCCCCUCGAAAACAAUCAACCUCUUCAACAAAGCAAAAUGCCCGGUCAAAGUUAAAGUGGAGGAAGACUCAAAUGAUUCCAGUAGUGACGAUGGCAUCGAGGAAGCCAUUCAAAGAUACCAGUUGGAGAAAAAGGAGCAACAGGUCAAACCAGAACCCUUCAUUCCACAUGCAUUAAAAGAAGAGUCUGACUCAACUAGCGAUGAUGGGAUUGAAGAAGCUAUUCGCUCCUACCAGCUUGAGCAACUCAAAGAUAAGAGUGUCCUUAAUCCAUUCUUGCACAAGCCAAAACACUUUACUAAGUCUUUACUGCAUGCUGUUGGAAGUACGAGCACUGAAACAAUGAAGAAAAAAAGACUGAGAAAGAAGAAGACCGUUGCAGAGAAAGAAGUCAAAUCUGUUCAAACUCCUUCUUCAUCCAUUUUCAUACCCAAGAAUACACUCUCCGGGAGCUCGAAGGGUAAAGGAAAUGAAUUGCUUUUGUUUCAAGUUGAAGGUUUUAAGGAGCAACUUACUACGUCCCCUUCGAAAAUUAAUACUACUGCAGAGCUCAUGUGUGCUGAGGCAAUACUGGACAUUUCAAAAACUGUCAUGCCUGAAGUCUUUCAUCAUAGUGUUGGCCAUAGCAGUUGCACCCCCACCGAAUCUUCUGUGCAAUCAUCCCCUCCUGGCAACUGCCCGGAUGAAGAAAGUGAUGGCAGCUCCAUUGAUAGUGAAGAUGGGAUAGAGCAAGAAAUCAAGAAUUUUCUUGAGCAGAAGGCCCAAAUGCUCAAACAACCGCCCACUGCUAAGACUCAAGAGCCUCAAAGUAUAAAUGAGCCAGAGACAGCGAAAGAAGAACCAGUUGCAACUCAAAAGAAACCCCUAAAAUUGUCUUUGACGCAGAGAAGAAAAGCAAAAGAGGCAAACCUGAGCAUUUCCAACCCUCCAAGGACAGAUGACAAUGUUGAAGAAACAGCCACUAAAGCUUCACCUGAGCGUGGAAUAGAAUCCAGCCCAUUAUUAGUUUCCCAGAGUUGUCAAACACACCAAAUGUCUGGACUAAUCGAGACGGAGCAGAGUGGAGACAAAAGCAGCUCGCUUGACAGUGAUGAAGACCUAGACACGGCUAUAAAAGACCUGCUCAAGACAAAGAAGAAGACAAAGAAAAAGCGAGAUCUUAAGCGGAAAUCAAGGCUGAGCCUAACGGAUGGAGAACCAUUGCUGGGAAAUACUUUAGAGACCAAAAAGUUAAAAAUUGAUCCUAUUUCCAUAAAAGUUCUGAAAAAAGUAGAAAAGAGAAAAGUUGAGGUGAAAGAUAAGUCUGGAUUAAGUAAAAACAGAAUUUCACACCACAAACAAACCAAUAAAAGUAAAGAUAUGCAUGAAGGUGAAUUGACAGCUGGUGUUCAAGCCACUCUGUUGCCGUACAAUACACAGACUGCUGUUGAGACAAAGGAGGACAGCAGUUCAGUGGACAGCGACGAUAGCAUCGAGCUAGAGAUCAGAAGGUUUCUGGCUGAAAAGGCGAAAGUAUCAACCACGGAGAAAAGUAAAGAUGAAGAUGUAUCAAGAAACGGUACUACGGCGGUUUGUGCCCCACUUCAAGAGAGAGACAUUAAACAGGAAAAUCAGCAGGCUGAAAUUCCAAGUCCAGGACAAUCUCCUUUCUGGAGUCAGCCUCUUCCCACACCACAGGGUUUGAUGCCAGACAUAUCUGCUGUUGGCGCACAAUCGCGUCUCUCCUGCGGCCCGACUGCUUUGGAGCCAGCAGACGGGGCGGGGGCGGCUAGAACUGAGCAAAUGAGGCCUACCUUUGGAAAAGGUAUCUUCCACAAUGUCACCCCACAGAUUGCGAAGGUUAGGCCUGUGUUGAGUCCUAACAUUGCUCAUUCUCGCUCUGAGGCAAACAAGUGGCGCCAGAGCUUCGGACUUCCAAUUACUGACUCUAGGAUGCCUAGUCGAACUCCAUUCCAUAUCACAUCUUCUAAAAUCAGCGAGACUUCAUCAGCAUCUCCCGCUUAUCAAAGCGAGGGGCCCAAAUCACAAACUCCAGGCACUGUUUGGUCCUCUGCAAGGACCAGCAGAGCUCCUUUGCCCUGCUCCACAGAGACACAUGUAAAUGCCACGUUCAGAUCUCCUGGUUUGAGUCUUUUGUCAACUGCCAGGCAGCAUCCAAGAGUGUCCUUUACACAGAGGUCUCAGUUCCCUAUAGAAGGAGAGACAGAGAGUAUGGUGCACAUAUCUAAAGACAAGAGUGUGUUUGUUGAACUGGAGUCUAAUAGGACCAACCAUGUCCAGGUUCGAAGCAGGGAAAGAAGCGAGGGAAAUGAAAAAGUGGACUUGCUACGUGAGAUGAAGAGAGAAAGUGAGAGUAUGGAGAUAGACGAUAAGGAAGAACAUCUAGAGAGGAAAGAGGAAGACUUUAUAGACGAGACAGAUUGUGAAUCAGGCAACACCAGAAAUCCAGGGCAGAAGCAGGGCUAUUCCGAUUCGUCUUUGUCCAGUGCUAUUGACCCUGGCAUCACCUUCAGACCUUGCAUAGCUCUAACCACGGAGGAUAGAGUCAGGAUGUUCGACACGAGGUUCCUUACACGCAUAUGCAAAAAGGGGGUUCCUUCUUACAGCCGUGCUCCUGUGUACAGAAAGGCAGUGGAAUGUGUCAAGAGAAAGCUUCAGUUCAUUCCUGUCGACAGGAACAGUGAAGCAUCCAGCCACCACAGCGUAACAAAAUAAAACAUACCUUUGCAUUUGAGGCAUGCAUGGUAUCGCAAUAUGUGGGUUGCUGAAUAAUUGUUUACACUUCAUUAGGCGUUAGAAGAUUUGGUGUUAGACUUGAUGUUGAAGGCAGGUGGCAUUGUUUUAAGUUGGAUUUCAAAAGAAACAUCUUUGUCAUCUUCCUAAUUAAAUAUUAAUAAGGUUUUUCCAAAAUAUGUAAUGAGAUUUGGAAGUUAAUUUGUUGUUUAUUUAGCCAAUUGAUAUUACCUUAUUAUUAUUUUCCUGCACCAAAUAGAUGGCAUGAAACAUACUACAGCUGUUAUUGUUUGUUUUGAAAUAUGUCAUCUUUAUUGCCAGACAUGUGUUCUAUGAGUUAUUUCUUAAAAGUAACGUUGGUUUAUAUUGUGUAUAUCUUUUAAAGCCAAAUAACACGA